AUGGGCCAUGAGCACUGGGUACCCAGCUGCCACUGCUGCUUGUGCUGCUUGUGCAGUGAGCGUUUCACACCCUCGUGCUUCCAGGGGCGAUGGGGAGUUGGUCACCUGCGGCCUGAUGUCCUGCUCUCCAUCUUCCAGAACCAGAUAAGAACCAGAAGCACCGAGAUGCCUGUGGCACUGCCUCUUCCUCCCGGGCAGGAGGUUUCAUCCACGCCUCUGGAGCUCAGCAGCAUGGCCUCUGGCCCUGUGCAUUUCAUGGUACUGGGAUCCUCAUCAGAGACCAUGCUCCUGACCCCUUGUCCCUCCCGCAUGCUUCCACAGGGCCAAGACCUUUAGUUCCUGACCGGCCCCCACAAGCUGGGCUGGAAGCUACUCUUGGGGCACUGCAACAGAGAGUUCACAGGUUAUAGAGGCGCCAGGAGUGGCGCCAAGCACAGCUGCAAGCUUUGGAACAGCUGGCAUAGCAGCUGCACGGGGAGAGCCUGCUGGCCUGUACACACAACGAUCCAUUGUGCUGAGUGAGUGCGCUGGAACUGGUACCCAGGACGCUUUGCUCCACUUGCAGGGUUUCUGCUCUAAACCAGGGUCCCGUGUUUAAAGAACCUCUCCUGCCUUUGGGGUUGUAAAUGUGACCUCGCAGCACAGUGCUUGCCUAGUAAGGGCCAGGAUCUGCACUCCAUUUCCAACACCAGCCUGAUAAAACAGGCCUGGAAUGUCAGUGCCGGUCUGUAAUCUCAGCAAGUUCAAAGCCAGCCUAGGCUAUCUGCAACCCUGUCAGAAGUAAGCAGACAUUAAACAUCUGUUGAUACCAGCCAAUCAUCAGUCAAAGCUGAGCGACGGCUGCUCAACUAAGGCAUAGUUAGGAAACAUGGUUAGGGAGCACAUUCUCCAUGCCAGACUGGAACUUAGCGAAAACUGCUCUAAUUAUGAUGCGGCUCUUGUGCCGUUUUCCAUAUACAAAAGCAUGGAAUGACCGGACUUUGGUGGUGCACACCUUUAAUCCUGGCACUCAGAAGGCAGAGAGG